CCCACAUAAAACCCUAAUCCCCCAAUUUGAGCUUACACUCAACCAGCAACUUUCUCCCCGUCUGAUGCAACAAACUCCGGACAUGCGUGUCUUCCGAUCGCUUUACCUCCGAACCCUCACCGGCCAAGCCGUCACCUGCUGCAAAUCUCGCAACUACCCCCAGCAGCCCAAGAAAUUCCACUCCACUCCCAACCGCCGGCUCCCCUCCUCCCCCACAGCCGCCGAUGAAACCACCGCGUCCACCUGGUCGGCCUUUCCGGGAUUGACGCGGACGCCGCCGGCUGACCCGACUUCCCGGCAGACCCCUGCCGUUGAAACAGUCUACGGCCCCACCACAGGCCGCUUGGUCACCAUGAGAGAAUCCAGUGGCGCCAGCCAGGAAGUUGAACCUGUCAGUCGCUCCUCGAGUAUCGAGGUGAGCAGCCGAGUCCACCGAGAUGUCGUCGGCAGCAGCAGUGUCAGCAGCAGCGUGAGGAAGAAGGGGAAGGUUAGAAGCGUCUUUGUCUGUGAGAGCUGUGGGUACUCGGAUGGGCAGUGGUGGGGCUCAUGCAGGGAGUGUGGGAUGACGGGUACCAUGAAACGGUACACAGUCGAGAGCGCCCAGGAGAAGAAAGGGACUGGGACUCUGGUGCCGGAAAACCUGGAAAGGUCGUGGCUGCCAAAGGAGGCGGCUCCUAUCCGGUUGUCUGAUGUGUCUAAUCCGAUUGAGGAGUCAAAUUGGCGUAUUCCUUUGCAUGGAGUAUUUGGAGCUGAAGUAGAGAGGGUUCUCGGCGGCGGAUUGGUCCCAGGUUCUCUAGUGUUAGUGGGUGGAGAUCCAGGGGUGGGUAAAAGCACACUAUUGUUGCAGAUUGCUGCAUUGAUAGGAGAAGGGGAUGAUGCAGAUGUUCCAUCUCGAGUUUUAUAUGUAUCUGGGGAAGAGAGUGUUGAGCAAAUUGCAAAUAGAGCUGACCGUCUGCAUAUCCGGACAGAAGAACUUUUUCUGCAUUCAAAUACAGAUAUUGAGGAUAUUCUAGAACAGGCUCAGCCUCUUUCCCCAAAGGCUUUAAUCAUUGAUUCCAUUCAGACCGUCUAUUUAAAUGGAGUGACUGGAAGCGCUGGAGGUUCUACACAGGUGAAAGAAUGCACUUCAGCAUUACUAAGGUUUGCGAAGAAGACGAAUAUCCCUGUACUUUUGGUGGGUCCAAAUUUGAAAAGUGCUUUGAACCCUGUUGUAAUUGGGCAUGUGACCAAAUCUGGAGAAAUAGCUGGGCCACGUCUUUUGGAGCAUAUUGUGGAUGUUGGGGAGAAACUUUCAUCUCAUCGGUUGCUUCGAUCAGUGAAGAAUCGGUUCGGCUCCACGGAUGAGCUUGGUGUUUUCAAAAUGUCGGAGUCAGGAUUGCAAGGAGUUUCUAAUCCAAGCGAGAUGUUCUUAGGUGAGCAGCGCUCUAAUUCAGAUUAUCUGGCUGGGUUGGCUGUGGCCGUGAUUAUGGAUGGAUCACGAGCAUUUCUCAUUGAAGUUCAGGCACUGUGUGUGGCUGGCUCAUCUGCCUUGAGGCAGUGGAAUGGUAUUCAAGGUAGCAGAGCUGAUAUGAUUAUUUCUGUUAUUACGAAGCAAGCGGGUCUUAAGCUGCAGGAUAAUGCCAUUUUCCUUAACGUUGUCAGUGGGUUUAGCCUGACCGAGACGGCUGGAGAUCUAGCUAUAGCAGCUGCAAUUUCAUUCAUUGCAGAAAUUGAUCUUAGUGGUGAACUUCGUAUGGUGCCUCAAAUGGAAAAAAGAAUCAACACACUUGCGAAGCUGGGAUACAAGAAGUGUAUUGUCCCAAAAUAUGCAGAAAAUUUGUUCGCUGGUGUGAAUCUUCAAGCCCAGAAUAUUGGGCUCGGGUUAGAGGUGGAAACCCGUGACACCACGUGGCAUCAUCAUUGGCUCCACGUGGUAUCAUCAUUGUUCACAUUCAUGAAAAAUGGGACCCAUCAAAUUCGGGCAGCAAUGGCUAUGGAGAAAGAAGAAGAAGAAGAAAAGCCACCGCCGGCAACCAUGUCGUGGCAGUCGUACGUCGACGAUCACCUGAUGUGUGAGGUCGAAGGCGUUCAUCUCGCCGCCGCGGCGAUCAUCGGCAUCGACGGAAACGUCUGGGCUCAGAGCGCUUCCUUUCCAAAGUUCACUCCGCAAGAGAUUGCUAACAUUGUGAAGGAUUUUGACGAACCCGGAUUCCUUGCUCCAACUGGAUUAUUCCUUGGAAGCACAAAAUAUAUGGUUAUCCAAGGAGAACCCGGUUCUGUAAUUCGUGGAAAGAAGAAGAUGAGUACUGUUCUCAGUGGUAUGCGUGUGGCGUUAUACAGACAAUUCAUAGUAUCUUUUGAACUUGUGGACAUCAAUAAUCUUGUGAACUUCUGUUAUGGAACUCCAUUUUUCAGUUCUGGUAAUCUUUCGGGUGAUUGA